AUGAAGUUCCACUACAAGGAAGAGCACCCAUUUGAGCAGCGAAAGGAGGAGGGCGAGAAGAUUCGCAAGAAGUACCCUAGCCGUGUUCCAGUGAUUGUGGAGAAGGCGCCCGAUGCACGCAUCGGCGACCUGGACAAGAAAAAGUACCUGGUCCCCUCAGACCUGACCGUCGGCCAGUUCUACUUCCUCAUUCGAAAGCGAAUCCAGCUGCGACCUGAAGACGCACUCUUCUUCUUCGUCAACAACGUCAUUCCCCCGACCUCGGCGACCAUCGGCUCCCUGUACCAGAAGCACCGGGAAGAGGACUUUUUCCUCUACAUCGCCUACAGCGACGAGAGCGUCUACGGAAUGUGA